UUAGUACUUACCACCGUUAGUAGGACCAACUCUCGCGAUAGUUGCAGCAGUUGAGAUCCUAGGAGCAGAACAGGGGACUUGACAUGUCAACAAAACAUUAAUUACCACUACACAGGCAUGUAAGGGUGUGCUGGUGUGGAAUAGCCUGACAGGUAACUUCACCUGGACAUAGACCUGCUCCUCCAUCGUUUUUGCCUUUUGUCUCCAUGACAACCCCUCCACUAGUGUCGCCUUUUGGCGGGCAGCCGCCUCCUCAGCAGCAGCAGCAGCAACAACAGCAGCAGCCCCAGGCAGCGCGUGAUGUGAACACGGCCACGUUGUGUCGCAUUGGCCAAGAGACGGUCCAAGACAUUGUCCUCAGGACCAUGGAGAUCUUCCAGCUGCUCAGGAACAUGCAGCUGCCAAAUGGAGUCACAUACCACCCCAACACCCACCAGGACCGGCUGGGGAAACUCCAGGAGCACCUGCGCAUGCUCUCGGUGCUUUUCCGCAAGCUGCGCCUCGUCUAUGACAAAUGCAACGAAAACUGCGCCGGGCUGGACCCCAUCCCCCCAGAGCAACUGAUACCCUUUGUGGAAGAUGACAGCUCCAAACACGAGGACCGCUCAGCUGGCCAGAGCCGCCCUGCCACCGAGGAGAGGAGAGAGAUUCUGGAGGUCAACAAGAAGCUGAAGCAGAAGAACCAGCAGCUGAAGCAGAUCAUGGACCAACUCCGCAACCUCAUCUGGGAAAUCAACUCCAUGCUGGCUGUCAGGAGCUGAGCCACACGCACACAUACACAUGCAGUCAUGCGUAUAAAACACACACAAACACAUGCGCACAGUCACUACAAAUAACAAACAGGAAGAUUCGGACGUUAACUGGACGUGUGACAGGGUAGCAGAGGCUGGCUAAGGCUGCACUUUACAGAAGAAAUUGGGACUUUGGGCAAUAUCAGCCCGUUUGGUGAAGAAAAAGACACAAAACAAUAGAAGAAAAACAAGAGGAGACAAAUGAAGUCAAAAGGGUUUGAGUCGACAGAGAGGUGAGACAACACCCCACAACGGACAGGGAGAGGCGAGGAGGAGGGUGCUGGUGACAUUAUUGUGGGCGACGGCAGAAGAUUUUCUGCCUACCUCGAUGCUCUACACUUCAAUCAGCAUUAUGACUCUGAAUUAAUCUGAAGAGUUGAUAUAUUAUGUUUUAUCUAUUUGUGGGUACUAGCUCAAUAGAGACACAUUGAUAUAUUGUAUUUAAUCCUCAUAUUCUGUACGUCUGUUACAUUUCAUUGUAUUCGAAUUGUCUGAAGUCCUGAAUUUAAAAAAAAGUUUUUAUAUGGCAUCUGAGAACUUAAUAAGACACACACUGUGGCAGAA